AACCUUCCUCUCUCUAUCUCUCUCUUUCUCCCAUGGAGCCAGACCACAAAUCAAGCAAAUCGGAAGUAGCCUUCGAGUGGCCUUCGAUUAUUCGAGUUCACAAAGACGGCCGCGUCGAGAGGCUCUUUGGAACCGACGUCGUCCCGCCGUCCACCGACCCGGAAACCGGUGUUUCAUCCAAGGACAUCACCAUCCCCGUCACCGCCGCUGCCUCCACAACCACUUCCGAACCCUCCUCCCAUGUCAUCUCCGCUCGCCUCUACCUCCCAAAACUCACCGAAUCCCGAAAGCUCCCAGUCCUAAUCUACUUCCACGGUGGAGCGUUCUGCGUCUGCUCCCCGUUCAACGCGGCUUACCACAGCUACCUCAAUGCCGUUGUCGCCAAGGCCAAGGUUGUCCUUGUCUCGGUGAACUACAGGAAGGCCCCGGAGCACCCGAUACCAGCGGCUUACGAGGACUCCUGGGCUGCGAUCCAAUGGGCGGCUUCGCACUGCGACGGGGAUGGCCCGGAGGCUUGGUUGAACGAGCACGCCGAUUUUGGGAGGGUGUUCUUGUCCGGAGAAAGCGCAGGUGCCAAUAUUGCUCACAACAUGGCGAUGGCGGCCGGAAAACCCGAGCGCGGGCUAAACAUCCGGCUUCUUGGAGUUGCUCUAGUCCAUCCUUUUUUCUGGGGUUCCAAUCCAAUCGGAUCAGAAGCACUGCCUCCGAAUACAAGGGCCUAUGUGGACUGGCUUUGGCCUUUUGUCUGCCCGUCUAAGCCGGACAACGACGAACCGUGGGUCAACCCGAUGACCGAUGGAGCACCGAGCUUGGCAGGGCUGGGGUGCAGGAUGGUGCUGAUGUGCGUGGCCGAGAAGGAUAUAUUAAGAGACAGAGGGCGGUUGUACCAUGAGGUGUUGGGUCGGAGCGGGUAGACAGGCGUGGUGGAGAUCAUGGAGACGGAAGGGGAGGAUCACGCGUUUCAUCUGUAUGACAUGGGAACUGAGAAAGCUAAGGAUUUGAUCCGACGGCUAGCGGAUUUCCUCAAUCGAGACGCGCCGCCUUUGAUGUCUUAAGUAGGAAAAGUCCCUAAUUUUUGUCUAAUUCUAUGAAAAGUGUGGUGGAAUAUUAGGAGCAAGUAUGGACAGACAUCUUAGACCAUUCGCCUCUUAGGCGGAAUAGUUUUGAGUUCCAUACACCACAAUCAUCAAGUUAUGUGGUCAUAAAAUCGAAAGUUGUGAUGUACCUUUUUGAAUCUUGUUAGUUU